CCUCCCUUCUUUUUGAGGGGUAAAUUAAAAUAAAAAACCUCCUCUGCGUGUGACUCACAUUCCAUCCCUCUCCCCCAAGCAAAGCAAAGACAACACUGCCGCCGCAUCCUUCGCCGCCGGUGGCCAGCGAGAUCCCGACGAUGGAGGGCAAACUCGACGCGGCGAUCGAGUCGCUGCUGAACGUGGAGAAGCAGUGCCGGCUGGCCGGCGAUGUGGCCGGCACGAGGAAGGCCGCCGUCGACAUCGUCGAGCUCUGCCACAAGGAGGGCGCCUGGAAGACGCUCAAUGACCAGAUCGUGGUUCUCUCCAAGCGGAGGGGCCAGCUCAAGCAGGCUAUUACUGCCAUGGUUCAGAAAGCAAUGGAGUACAUUGACGUGACUCCAGACGUAGACACACGUAUUGAGCUUAUCCAAACAUUGAGCAGCAUUGCUGCUGGAAAAAUAUAUGUGGAAAUAGAGAGAGCAAGAUUGAUCAAAAGACUUGCAAAAAUUAAAGAGGAGCAGGGGAAGAUUGAUGAGGCUGCUGAUAUUAUGCAGGAAGUUGCUGUUGAAACAUUUGGCUCUAUGGCGAAGACAGAGAAAAUUGCAUUCAUUCUGGAGCAGGUCCGUCUGUGCCUGGAUCGUCAAGAUUAUGUCCGAGCACAGAUUUUAUCCCGGAAAAUUAGUCCCAGGGUGUUCGAUGCAGAUACAUCAAAGGAAAAAAAGAAACCAAAAGAAGGUGAUAAUAUGGUUCAGGAAGCCCCUGCAGAGAUACCUUCACUCUUAGAACUGAAGCGCAUCUACUAUGAACUGAUGAUACGCUAUUACUCGCAUAACAAUGAUUACCUGGAAAUCUGCCGUUGCUACAAGUCGAUUUAUGAUAUUCCAUCUAUAAAGGAUGAUCCAGCAAAGUGGAUACCGGUUCUUAGGAAGAUCUGUUGGUACUUAGUGCUGGCACCUCAUGAUCCAAUGCAAUCAAGCCUUCUCAAUGCAACACUAGAUGAUAAAAAUCUUUCUGAGAUCCCAAAUUUCCGAUUACUGCUGAAGCAGCUAGUUACCAUGGAGGUGAUUCAGUGGACAAAAUUGUGGGAAUUCUUCAAGGAUGAGUAUGAGAAUGAGAAGAAUUUUCUUGGAGGACCUUUAGGCACAAAAGCUGCUGAAGAUUUGAAGCUGAGGAUCAUUGAACAUAAUAUCUUGGUUGUUUCAAAGUACUAUUCAAGGAUUACCCUGAAGAGGAUUGCGGAUCUUCUUUGCUUGAGCUUGCAGGAAGCAGAGAAGCAUCUUUCGGAUAUGGUGAACUCAAAGUCCUUGAUUGCAAAGAUUGACAGGCCGAUGGGGAUCGUAUCCUUCCGGACAGCCCAGGACAGCAACGGGGUACUCAACUCGUGGGCAUCGAACCUUGAGAAGCUUCUUGACCUUGUUGAGAAGAGCUGCCACCAAAUACACAAGGAGACGAUGAUCCACAAAGUGGUGUUGAAAGCCUAAAGCGUUCCAUUUUGAGUUGGCUGGCCUUCUUUAGGUGUCUGACCAUUCUGUGCUCAAGCACCAAAUGUUGCUUUGGAAACUUGUGUUUGUAUCGGUCUUAAAAUACUGUAACCACAGAAUGAUUAAUACUACUUGUUGUUGGGGCUUAGCCCCAGUCCAUUUUUCUUAAUUCCUGUAUUUUCCUGAAUACCAUAUAAAUUCUUUGAUCUACUACCAAGUAUCUGUUCUUAAGAACCUA